AUGGUGGCGCUGGCAGGGCUGGACCCCGCGGGCUCUUAUAGCCCCGACGGGGAGGUGGCCGCUGGGACGGUGCCAGCGCCGUGGGGACGAGAGUGUGCCAGCCAAAGGGGCACCGGGGGGAGGCUGCCACCCUGUCCCCCACGUCCAUGUCCCCAGCAGGGUCCCCACCGAGGUCCCCAUGGCAGCGGGACACGGGCACGGUGCCAGCCCCGUGGUGCCAAAGGCUGUGCACCCCUCGUCGCCCGCUGCCUUCCGCCCCCCGUGCCCUCCGCCCCCAAUGUCCCUGCUCCUCCGCCGCGGCCUCCAGCCGCCAGGGGGCGCCAGCGCCGCGCCCUGCUCCCAGCCAGGAUGGCGGCGCCCGUGGCUGCCCGCGCGCUGCGCGCUGUGCCCCAUGCCCUAUCCCUGACCCAUGGCACCUGUGCCCUCCACACCACCCCUGCCUGCCUCAAGGCGCGGGCAGCGCGGGCACGCGUGGGCAAAGGGGACAAGGCUGUGAGCUACGAGAGGGCUCUCGGCCCACACUACAUUGCCCACCGCAAGGGCUGGCUCUCCCUCCACACUGGGAACCUGCACGGCGAGGAGGGGGCGGCGGAGCGGGCACUGGAGGAUACCUUCCUGCGCCGCUUCCUCUAUGGCACCUUCCCUGGCAUCCUGGCAGAGGAGGUGGUGCUGAAGCGCCGUGCCAACCUGCUGGUGCUGUGUGUGGUGCUGGCACGGGCCCUGGCACCUGCCAAGCUCUACUUCCUGCUGGGCUACACCGAGACCCUGCUCAGCCACUUCUACAAGUGCCCGGUGCGGGUGGAGGUGCAGACGGUGCCCACCAGGGUGGUCUACAAGUACCUGUAGUGCCCCCUGGCACCCCUGGGCAGGGCAAUAAAGGGGCAGGGGGCAGCUCAGCAGGGCACGGCGCAAGGGGCAUGAGAGCCUCC